AUGGCGCCUCAACACCAGAACGACACGAACAAGACAACCGCCAAGCUGGUAGCUAUUAAAAACGCACUUAACCAAGAGGUUGAGCACUACAAGUUCGACCAUCCGGAACUACUCAGCGUGUACCCCGAAACCAAGUUCGAUCCGAUCCCCGUGCUCCCUGUGGAGGACCGUGCACUCAAGGCCGACCCGACGUUCAAGAACCUACUGACGGACGCAACGGUGACGCACCUGGCGCCCAAGAUCGGAACCGAACUGUCGGGGAUCCAGCUACACGAACUUUCGAAUGUGCAACGUGACGAAUUGGCGCUGCUGAUCGCGCAUCGAGGCGUCGUCUUCUUCCGUGACCAGGAGGUCAACAUCGAGCAGCAACUGGAGCUCGGACGCUACUACGGUCCUCUCCACGCACACCAGAACUUGGGUCAUCCCAAGGAUCACCAUGAGGUUGUAGUAGUGGAGAACUCGGUAGAGACGAGCGAGGGAUUCCUCAAACGCCAAAUGUACGACCCUUUCAACGCGUGGCACAGCGACGUGUCCAAUGAGCGUCAACCUCCGUCAUACACGAGCUUCAAGGUGCUCACGAACCCCCCAGUCGGCGGGGACACGUUGUGGGCUUCAGCCUCCGAAGCGUACGAUCGCUUGACUCCUCCAAUGCGUGAGUUCAUUUCUGGACUCACAGCGAUCCACACGGGCAUUCCUCAAGCUACCGCGGCUGCAGCUCGCGGACAGACGAUUCGUCGUCCACCGGUAGAGUUCGAACACCCGGUAGUGCGGACCCACCCGGUUACUGGACGUCAAGGCCUCUACGUGAACCCAGCGUUUACGACGCGUAUUGUGCAGCUCUCUAAGGCGGAGUCUGAUGCCGUGUUGAAACUUCUGUAUCAGCAUGCUACGGAAGGUCACGAGUUCCAUGUGCGUUUCAGCUGGACGAAGAACGCGGUGGCCAUCUGGGACAACCGUUCUACUUUCCACUACGCGACGUUUGACUACCUGCCGGGAAAUCGCCAUGCUAUCCGUGUGACGCCUCAUGGCGAAGUCCCGUACUUUGAUCCGAAAGCUGUGACCCAGUAA